AUCAAAUCUCACUCCACCACCUCUUCUCUUCCUCUCUCUCUCUCUCUCUCUCCCCCCCUUUUCAACAAUUCCUAACAAUUUCAAGAGAGGAAAGAGCAAUCAGAUCAAAUGUUUUUCCUUUCUAAAGAGACAUGAACAUAGAGUGGAGGUCCCUAACCUUGUUCACGUUCUUCAUCUCGUUGGCUUCGACCUCUUGGAUCGUAGCUCAGGACGACAGCGAUGAACCGGCAGCACCGCCCCCGGCAGAAGAGAACUGUAAUGGCGUAUUCAUAUCUUACGAAUUUAAUUCCAGGAGGAAGGAGUUCCCCCGCUUGAAGAACGCCUCGGCCCAGGCAUGGGCCUUCAAUUCAACCGUCACCGUGACUAACACUGGCACGGUCGAGGUUCAGGGAUGGAAGAUUUUCAUUGGUUUCCAGCAUAAAGAGAUCUUGGUUUCUGCUACCGGAGCGGUCCUGGCGGAUACUGAGGAUUUUCCUGCUGAUGUUGGGAAUGGGACUUACCUCACUGGGUACCCCCAGACGGAUCUCAAGACUUCCAUCGAGACCGCAGGAGACAUCAGUCAGAUCCAGGCAGAGAUACAGCUGAUGGGGACCCAGUUCGGUGUGAAGCCGCCCAAGGUCCCAAUGCCUAAGACCAUUCGGCUCGAUGUCGACGGAUUCAAAUGCCCUGCACCGACAACUCGCAAGACAUCAAUGUAUGCUUGCUGCGUUCGGGAUCCAAAACAUAAAGUGAAAAAGCUAAAGACGAAGCUGUUGCUGCGUCAGAAGGGCGACCUAUCCUUCACCUACGAUGUAAUUCAAGCCUACGAGGGAAAUUAUCUGGCUCAGGUCACGAUGGAAAACGAUAAUGCCUUAGGACGCCUCGACCACUGGAACUUGACGUGGGAAUGGAUGAGAGGCGAGUUCAUCUACACAAUGCGAGGAGCUUAUACUCACAAGAUCGACUAUUCCGACUGCAUCUAUGGCCAAGCCGCCCAGCACUACGAGAGCCUCGACUUCUCGCAGGUCAUGAACUGCGAGAAGAGGCCGGUCAUCGGUGAUCUCCCCCGUGAGAGGGCAAAUGAUACAAAGACCGGGAAGUUGCCGUACUGUUGCCGGAACGGGACCCUGCUACCAACCAUCAUGGACCCCAGCCAGUCAAAGUCCGUAUUCCAACUCCAGGUCUACAAGCUACCACCAGAUUUGAACCGCACGGCUCUUCACCCGCCUGAGAGGUGGAAAAUCGUUGGACUACUGAACCCGGACUACAAUUGCGGGGCUCCAAUCCAUGUCGAAGCGAGUGAAUUCCCCGAUCCAAGUGGGCUGCAGGCCACGACAACCGCAAUCGCCAGCUGGCAGGUCGUGUGCAACAUCACGAAGCCUACCCAGACGACAUCGCACUGCUGUGUCUCAUUCUCUGCAUACUAUAACAGCUCCGUCAUCCCGUGUAACACGUGUGCAUGUGGAUGCAGCGAUGAUGACACAUGUAACAAGGACGCUUCGGCUAUGCUCCUCCCGUCAGAGGCCAUCCUGGUGCCCUUCGCGAACCGGUCGGCUAAGGCAGUGGCCUGGGCGAAAAUCAAGCACUUCCACAUCCCACGUCCUUUGCCUUGCGGGGACAACUGCGGGGUCAGCAUGAACUGGCACUUAUACUCGGACUACCAGAAUGGGUGGUCGGUACGAAUCACGCUGUUCAACUGGGAAAGAGUGAAUUUCGAGAACUGGUUCGCAGCCAUCCAGAUGAAGAAAGCUGCCCAGGGAUUCGAGAAAGCGUACUCCUUCAAUGGAACUCUAUUCAAGGACCUCAACAACACCAUCUUCCUCCAGGGUUUGCCGGGUCUGACCUAUAUCAUGGGCGAGACCAAUGGGACCAAUCCGAAGGUAAACCCGCCGGUCCCUGGGAAGCAACAGUCAGUGAUCUCGUUCAAGAAGAAGCUCACCCCGGGGCUCAACAUCGCAAAAGGAGACGGGUUCCCUUCAAGAGUUCUUUUCAAUGGUGAAGAAUGCUCACUUCCUACUUACAUUCCUGUUGGGAACGGACCAAGAAAUUUUGUCAGUGUGGAGCAAAUUAUAUUGCCCGUGCUGCUUUUUAGUUUUGUAUUGCUAAAUUCUCACUGGUAGUACAUAAUUUUCUUUCUGUUUUACUUUUCAUUUUUUAAAAUUUUUUUCCAGUCAAUAGACAGUUCAGUUACGAAGUUCAAAAGGUAGCUCACUUGUAUAAAGACCGUUGACGAUAUUCAUAUCUUUUUUGGGGUGAAAUACGGGUAGUUCAAUCAUUUGUAUUUCGAGAGCCGAAUUCGAAUGGGCAUUUUAGACGAAUUUAUGAGGUUUAUAUUA